AGCAUCACAGGACUCAUUGGUGCACUUUGUGACUGCAGCCUGUCCGGAGUGUCAUGGAAGCGCCGCUCCAUGGGAAGUGUCUCGCGCUCUGAGCUUCAUCGCACCCUCCGAAGGUGCGCCUACGCAACACUCCUCUCCAAACUUUUCCAAGACUGCUCUUCCAAAUCCAGCUCCUCAGCACCGAAUGCUUUGUCCAACACACCAUCCUACAACAAAAUGCUCAUGAUUUCCUUUGACCUCCGCGUCUCGGGUCAUAGCGAGGAAGCCGAGAAGCUUGAGGGCCUCCUUGAGCUGCUGCGAGAAGUAUCCUGCUCCUCCGGUCUAUCUGAGCUUGAAUCAGUGCUGGAGCUUUUGGCACAGCUAGCAGGUUCAGCUCCAUCCCAUGUGCCCUCUUUCAGCAGGGACUGUAUGCGGCGCAACCGCCCCGUGCUACGCAGACCUCCACUUCCGGGCUACGUGGACAACGAGCUACAGAGGCUGGAGAGUAGGACUUGGGCUCUAGUAUGUGAGGAGGAAUGGGGGGCAUUGGGGGGAGUGUGUACGACCCUCAAUUUACUAGAUGCUCCUCCAGGAACUGGGCUCUUUGGUUUGCAAAGUAGACAUGCAGAGGAGGAGAGAUUUGAGAGGGAUACUAGACUGUCUCUGUUCGGGGCAUUGCAGCACUCGAGGACGGCAGACCUUGAUGUCCGAUUGGAUCUGCCACCAGUGCCCAGCAACGCAGAGGUCACAGGACUGACGAUUCGGGUUCCUCAAUGUUUGGAUCAGUCUGAGGAUGAAGGCUUCCAGUCUGCCUCUAAUCUGACUCCCGACUCACAGUCUGAGCAGAGUUCUAGUCCGGAGCCUGAUGUCUGGGAGGCUCUGCGCACAUUUGUACCUGCCAGACGGCGCUGCUGGGAAAACGUGGGCUGUCCUCCAGGUCAGAAAGAACCUCCAUAUCUGACUGAGGCCGGCAGGGGGGCGUUCGAUCAGCUGUACCGAUUGUGGGAGGGUGAGAUGAGGAAUAUGCUCUCCACUCAGACUCCCUCUCCUCUUCUCCCUCUGCCUCUGGACUGCCAAAGUCAGCUUGUUAAAGACCUUCUUAAUGUACUCAUAGGGGUGGCCUCUGGUACUUUCCCUCUAAACGAGACGAGUGUGCACUUUGAUGUGCAUGCAGAUGUGUGUGUGUCGGGAACGUCCCCGGAGAGUGUGACCCGCCUGUUAGAGGAGGUGGCGCAAUAUGGCACUCACUACCUUCGCCUGAGCCGCUUCUCUCUGGGUUCUGCUGAUAAGAAAGGCCUAGUGUUUCAGGCAUUUACAGGUGGCCUAAGGCGCUAUCUGCACUACUACAGGGCGUGUGUUCUGAGUACGCCAGCAGCACUCAGUCUGCUUACCAUCGGCUUCCAUUUCCGCAAGCUAGGACGCCAGCUCAGAUACCUGGCAGAGCUCUGCUGUGUAAAUGGUGUUGCUACUGGAUGUCAGCCUACAUUUCCUGUGGGAGUCAAGCUUCUAUCCUACCUGUAUAAUGAAGCACAGAGUAACUGCAGUAAUGAGAACUACCCAGUACUGCUGUCGCUGCUGAAGAGCAGCUGUGAGCCUUACACAAGGUUUGUCUCAGACUGGGUGUACAGUGGAUUCUUCAGAGAUGUAUAUAAAGAGUUUCUGAUUCAGGUGAAUGAGGAUUACCUCAGCUACAGAGAUAAGCAUUUCUGGGUACAGGGCUACACUUUGAUCUCACAGGAUGCAGAAGACUGUGUGCCAGUGUUUCUCCGGCACAUUGCAAACGACGUCUAUGUCUGCGGAAAAACCAUCAAUCUGCUCAAGAUUUGUUGCCCACAGCAUUACAUUUGGUCAGAGGUGCCAGUUCCACGGAUUGCUGUGACUUUCUCUCUGCGGGAGGUGGAGGAGAUCGAGAGAGAUUGUGCCGUGUACCGGGGUCGCAUGGAGACUAUUGCCAAACAAAGCGCCGUCAGCAGAGAGGAGCAGGCAAUACGUACUGAGCUGGCACGCCAAGAGCUCAUCAAUCAGGUCCAAGAAUCAGCAGCCAAGACACUGGAGAGCAUCCGAGGAAGCCAGAUGUCACAGCGCCUGCUGGAAGAAGCUAAAAAGAGGGAACGCUUUGAAGAGCUGAAGCAGCAGCUGGAGCUUGACCAAGAGUGGCGCAGUUCUGCUAAGAGGAAGGAGCAGGAAGAUGACUAUAGUUUUGUCCGAGAGCUCAGAGACAGAGAACAGAGGCUGCAGGCUCUUGAGGAGCAGCUGGAGCGCAGGGCACGUAUGGACCUGAUAGCACAGUACAGUCGUCUUUCUGAAGAAGCUGCCAAAAGGGAGCGGAGGGCUAUGUGGAAAGUUCAGAGAAUAAAGCUGGAUGAAGCCAGGCUGAAUUUCCUACAGCAGGACCACCAAUCUCUACAGACUCUGCUUAAGAGAUAUCCAUUAGGGCAGAAGGGUCCACCUCAUGAACCACCUUUUACCAAGGAACCUUCUAGACUUGAGCAGGAAUAUCGCAUUUCUGAACCACAGAUAACUGCACCUCUUUCUGUCUCUACUGGGAACAAUGAUGCUGUGAUAUCAGAAGAAAUCGACAUUGUCGACUAUUUACCUAAACCUCCGUGUGCCCCAGGCAGUGGGGUCAUGGCCCAGGCUUUACAGGACAUUGGCUCUGACCUCUCUGACCUUGCAGAAUCCUUAAAAAACACUGAUCCCAUGCUGAAGAGUUCACAUUAUGACUUUUCAUCCCCUUACAGCCCUCUAGAAUGUCUUACACCCCAUAGUAAUUCUGCUUACCCUACAGGGGGAACUGGAGGAAACACAAUUAAGGUCCCAGAGCCCAGUCUGGCUGAAGUACUGCCAGCAACAAAUACAUUUCAGGAGACAAAUGACCACUGCAAAGAGAACAAUUUGGCUGAAGAAGGGAAGAUACCCUCAUCAUGUGCUUUGGAUUCUGAGCCAAAACAAGAAACACCAAGCAUAGAACAAAUCCCCAAAGCUAGUGAGCAUCUUGCUCAGCCUUCUCAGACAUCAGCUGAGCAAGGUCCAAGGCUUGUUUCUGAUGUAACUACUCUAAUCCCAUCCCCUAAUAUUCAUGGCCAUGCCUCUGAUGCCCAUAUUAGGAUUGGUGAGCUUGUUUCUGAUGUAACCACCCCAACCCCUGUACCUAAUAUUCACGGUCACGCCUCUGAUGCCCAUAUUAGGAUUGGUGAGCUCGUUUCUGAUGCAACCACCCCAACCCCUGUACCUAAUAUCCAUGGCCAUGCAUCUGAUGCCCAUAUUAGGAUUGGUGAGCUUGUUUCUGAUGUAACUACCCCAACCCCUGUACCUAAUAUUCACGGUCACGCCUCUGAUGCCCAUAUUAGGAUUGGUGAGCUCGUUUCUGAUGUAACCACCCCAAACCUUGUACCUAAUAUUCACGGUCACGCCUCUGAUGCCCAUAUUAGGAUUGGUGAGCUUGUUUCUGAUGUAACUACCCCAACCCCUGUACCUAAUAUUCACGGCCACGCCUCUGAUGCCCAUAUUAGGAUUGGUGAGCUCGUUUCUGAUGUAACCACCCCAACCCUUGUACCUAAUAUCCAUGGUCAUACAUCUGAUGCCCAUAUUAGGAUUGGUGAGCUUGUUUCUGAUGUAACUACCCCAACCCCUAUACCUAAUAUUCACGGCCACGCCUCUGAUGCCCAUAUUAGGAUUGGUGAGCUUGUUUCUGAUGUAACUACCCCAACCCCUGUACAUAAUAUUCACGGCCACGCCUCUGAUGCCCAUAUUAGGAUUGGUGAGCUCGUUUCUGAUGUAACCACCCCAACCCUUGUACCUAAUAUUCAUGGUCAUACAUCUGAUGCCCAUAUUAGGAUUGGUGAGCUUGUUUCUGAUGUAACUACCCCAACCCCUGUACCUAAUAUUCACGGUCACGCCUCUGAUGCCCAUAUUAGUAUUGGUGAGCUUGUUUCUGAUGUAACCACCCCAACCCCUAUACCUAAUAUUCAUGGUCAUACAUCUGAUGCCCAUAUUAGGAUUGGUGAGCUCGUUUCUGAUGUAACCACCCCAACCCCUAUACCUAAUAUUCAUGGUCAUACAUCUGAUGCCCAUAUUAGGAUUGGUGAGCUCGUUUCUGAUGUAACCACCCCAACCCCUGUACCUAAAAUCCAUGGUCAUACAUCUGAUGCCCAUAUUAGGAUUGGUGAGCUCGUUUCUGAUGUAACCACCCCAACCCCUGUACCUAAUAUCCAUGGUCAUACAUCUGAUGCCCAUAUUAGGAUUGGUGAGCUCGUUUCUGAUGUAACCACCCCAACCCCUGUACCCAAUAUUCAUGGCCAUGCCUCUGAUGCCCAUAUUAGGAUUGGUGAGCUUGUUUCUGAUGUAACCACCCCAACACCUGUACCCAAUAUUCAUGGCCAUGCAUCUGAUGCCCAUAUUAGGAUUGGUGAGCAUGUUUCUGAUGUAACCACCCCAACCCCUGUACCUAAUAUCCAUGGCCAUGCCUCUGAUGCCCAUAUUAGGAUUGGUGAGCUUGUUUCUGAUGUAACUACCCCAACACCUGUACCUAAUAUCCAUGGCCAUGCCUCUGAUGCCCAUAUUAGGAUUGGUGAGCUUGUUUCUGAUGUAACUACCCCAACCCUUGUACCUAAUAUUCAUGGCCAUGCAUCUGAUGCCCAUAUUAGGAUUGGUGAGCUUGUUUCUGAUGUAACCACCCCAACCCCAUCGCCUAAUAUUCACGGUCACGCCUCUGAUUCCCACAUAAAGCUUGGUGAGUUUGUCUCAAACGUUGCUUCUUCUUGCCCUCGUUGGAGCAAGCAUGGCCACUCUUCAGACAGCACUAUAACUGUGGGCUGUGUGAUUCCAGACUCUAAACCCACACAUUCACCCCUGCCAGGCAGUGCUUACGGUCACUCCUCAGACUCGACGCUAAAGGCUGGAUGUGUUGUAUCUGGUCCAGAUCUGAUACCUUCUCCACUCCCUGGUAGUGCCUAUGGGCAUUCAUCAAAUUCAACCUUGGGUGUAGGGUGUGUGGUGAUGGGGGCUGAGUCUCCUAAGAAGCCUUCUCUCCCAGGUAAUGCCCCUGGGCAUUCCUCUGACUCUAGCCUAGGAAUGGGCUGUGUGGUGUUGGGGGUCAAGCCUGGAAGUUCUUAUGGUGAAACUACUCAAGCUCGACCCAAUCAACUUACUCAGGACAAAUUGGACAUCAAAGAGAUGCAAGACCUUACAGCAGAAACUCUGGGUGAGAGUCUUGCUGCCUGGGCUCAGGGGCUGAGACUGUCCCCUUCAGAGAGGCCAGAAGAUGACUACCUUCUCAAGCUGGCCUCUCAGUACCACGCUGAGCAGUACGAGGAUUCCUUUAGCCAAAUAAUGUCAGCCCCCGAUGCACAGCUCCUGCAGCAGGUUACCCGUGGGCCGAACGGUCUCCCAGUGGAGACGACACUGCACUGCGCCACAGACUCCACUGCUGUUCAGCUCAGUGAAAUGAUGCCACUUCCUGUGCUCAUGAAACACUCAGUCACAACUCCACUAAUCACACAUUUGUCCUUGGUGAAUAAAGCGGUGGUGGAUUAUUUCUUCGUUGAACUGAGAGUGGAGAAGCACUUUGAAGCUUUGAGGCACUUUUUGCUGAUGGAGGACGGAGAAUUUGCACUCUCGCUUACUGACCGCCUGUUUGAGAAACUGGGCAGUGGGCAGACACCUGGUGAACUGCUGACUCCCCUGGUUCUAAACUCCAUCCUAAACAAGGCCAUGCAGUACAGUGUACAUGGAGACAGCGAGCUGGCAGCUAAUUUCACAUUUGCGCUGCGCUAUCUGCCUGAGGUGUUUCACCCUCAUGCUCCCGACUCGCUCAACUGCCUGGAACUCCGCUACAAGGUGGACUGGCCAUUAAACAUUAUCAUAACGGACAGCUGUAUGAAUAAGUACAACCGGCUGUUCUCCUUCCUGCUGCAGCUUAAACACAUGGUGUGGUCUCUCAGCGACGUGUGGUUUCAUCUCAAACGAACAGCCCUGGUAAAGGGAGCAGGGCGCUCGGUGCAGUUCCGUCAGCUGCAGCUGUACAGGCAUGAGAUGCAGCACUUCGUGAAGGUGAUUCAGGGCUACAUCGCUAAUCAGAUCCUGCAGGUCUCCUGGAGCGAGUUCACACACAAGCUGAGCAGUGCCAACGACCUGGACGCCAUCCACCAUACACACGCCGAGUACCUCAACAGGGCCAUCUUUAGAGCUCUGCUGACAGAGAAAGCAGCCCCGGUCAUGAACAUCAUCCACAGCAUCUUCAGUCUGAUCCUGAAGUUCCGUGGCCAGCUGAUUGCUCAGUCCUGGCAGAGCCAGCAGGGUGAGACAGUCCACCCCAGUUUCAUCGCCAUGCAGCAGUCUUACAACACCUUCAAAUACUACUCCCGCUUCCUGUUCAAAGUGGUUUCCAAACUGGUGGACAAAGGUUACCAGCCUCAUCUAGAAGACUUCCUGCUGCGUCUUAACUUCAACAAUUACUAUAAAGACUCCUAAUGCAUUGCAGUAUGUGUGCGAUCAGUGAAUGGGUUUCUUCAUAUUGCAGUCAGUAAGGCUUUCUGUAUUCUAAACAGUGUUCUAAUUACUGGCCUGCAGCUUGUAAAUAUUUAUGGGAAGUAGAUUUAAUACAUUGGCUGUUGGCCUCUAUUUUGGACUGAAGAUUAAUGAAUGUUUGUCCUGUUUCUGAGCUGUUAUGUACAAAUAAAAGGAAAUAUAGAUUUUUUCAUAUAUUAUUAUGUCAUUAAGAACUA